AUGACGGCCGCUCUUUGGGUGCUUUUGCUGUGCCUGGUGCUGCUGCUCCCCUCCGCAGCGCUUCCGAGGAAGGGGAGCCCUGACCCAGGAGCAAGAUGCCUCCAGGGGAUGGCUGAGGAUGGGGGCAUCGGCUGGGCCGGCCCCCUCCUGCACCCGUGGCCACUGGGGGGGCUGGAAGGGCCAGUGUGCAGGGUGCAAAUGGACCAGGACGGGCUGACCCCGAGGCACCUGGAAGUCGUGGGUGUUCUCACCCACUAUGAAAGCACCUUCAUCAAGGUGUUGAGACAACGCACCAGCUGGGAUGAAAGCUAUCUCGAGACCUUCGGGCUCUGCCCAGCCGGGGAGGUGGGAGCUGCUCUCCAUCCCCUGAAGCAUAUCCAUGCGCACGUGGUGGAGCCGGGGCAGGACCGCUUCCUCGUGCUGCAUCUGGAGGAAGGUUGCUCGGCGGCAAGAUCAAGGAUGACUGCUGCGGUUCGCCUCUUUUCUAAGCCUGACCCAGGAGCAAGAUGCCUCCAGGGGAUGGCUGAGGAUGGGGGCAUCGGCUGGGCCGGCCCCCGCCUGCACCCGUGGCCACUGGGGGGGCUGGAAGGGCCAGUGUGCAGGGUGCAAAUGGACCAGGACGGGCUGACCCCGAGGCACCUGGAAGUCGUGGGUGUUCUCACCCACUAUGAAAGCACCUUCAUCAAGGUGUUGAGACAACGCACCAGCUGGGAUGAAAGCUAUCUCGAGACCUUCGGGCUCUGCCCAGCCGGGGAGGUGGGAGCUGCUCUCCAUCCCCUGAAGCAUAUCCAUGCGCACGUGGUGGAGCCGGGGCAGGACCGCUUCCUCGUGCUGCAUCUGGAGGAAGCGAGCCUCUGCCUCACCAGGGACACGCAGUACCUGGUCCUGGGAGCCACCGCAGCAUCUGUCACCCGCACCAGCGAGCACCUCAGCUUCGAGGCUUCGCUGGCCAUCAGGGCCGGCGGGGAGGGAGGUGCCCCCUUGUCCCCCACGGAGACCCAGCAGCUCCUUUUCGGCUCUGAUGACAAGUGUUUCACCAGGAUGACCCCCGUGCUGCUCCUGCUGGCCAAGUCACGGCAGGAGGAGGAGGAGGAGGAGGAGGCGGCUUUGGUCCCUUCUUCCUACCUCUCUGCUGAUGGGGUGGUGGACACAGCUCCGUACCCGCAGCUCAGCCCACCCCAGGCCAGGACCAAGGAGCUGCUGUCCCCCACUGCCCCGAGCCAAACCAACGCUUCAUCCCCGGUGCCCGGUGGCAGCAGCCAGUUCCUGGGCAUCUUGACCCAGUUCAUCCGCCAGGUCCUGAGCUCCUCCAGCAAGCCGCCCACCCAGCCCAGCUCCCACCACUGGCUGGACUUCCAGGUGAUGGAGACCCUCCCCCAUCAGCUGCUCCACUUGUCGGAGGAGGCGGCGCUGGAGCGGCUGGUGCAGUCGGAGGAGCCCUCGGUGCUGCUUUUCCCCCAGGACAGCGGAGCUGUGCUGGAGCAGCACUUGGGGGACUGGCAGCCGGAGGGGACCGUGCUGCAGCUGCUGAUGGGCAAGCUGCAGGCGGUGAUCCAGGAGCUGAGGGACAUCCCAGCUUUCCAAGCCAACACGGGGCUUUUCCAGCAUCUCCUGAGCUUCUGCUACUACCCGCCGGGGCCGGCUGAGGGUCAAGCCGGCGAGCGGCCCCCUCCCUCACCCCCAUCCUGUCCCCUCCAUGGCUGUGCCAUUCCCUGCUGCGUCCCCGUCCGCUACUCGGACCAGCUCAUUAUCAGCCUCUCCACGGAGGGGCUGGAGGUCCGCAAGUUCCCCAACAUGGUGGCAGAGGAGUGCGGCUGUCGGUAG